AUGGAUGCUCCCGAUGAUUCCUCUCACUAUUUCAUCGAUUUUACCUUGGCCGAGAUUGUAGACAUGGAGAAUCUGUACAAGGAGCUCGGUGAUCAAUCUCUCCAUAAGGAUUUCUGUCAAACUGUUGCCUCCACUUUUAGUUGCUCUGUGAAUCGGAGUGGAAAAUCAUCAAUCACCUGGAAACAAGUACAGAGUUGGUUUCAAGGGAAGCUGAAGCAGAAAAAUCAAGUUAAAUUCAAGGCUGUGCCAUCUCCCCCUUUGCAGAUUGUUGACUUAUCAAAUCCCAGUUUUGCCGUAAAUGCUACAUGUGGUCAAAGACGCAAAGGCUGGUUUUCUUUUGCCUUGUGUAAGGCCUCUGAUGUAUCUGAUCUCGCGUUUGAGGCUAAAUCAGCAAGGGAUGACGCGUGGUAUGACGUGUCUUCGUUCCGAACUUAUAGAGUUCUUCGCACUGGUGAACUGGAAGUGCGUGUACGAUUUUCUGGGUUUGAUAAUCAACACGAUGAGUGGGUGAACGUCAGGACAUCAGUGCGUGAGCGGUCUAUUCCUGUAGAACCAUCAGAGUGUGGGAAAGUGAAUGUUGGAGACCUGCUUCUAUGUUUCCAGGAAACGGAGGAUCAAGCACUGUACUGUGAUGCUUAUGUUGUGAAUAUCAAGAGAGGGAUUCAUGACCACAGGAGAUGUAACUGCGUGUUUCUUGUUCGAUACGACCAUGACAAUACAGAGGAACCGCUGGGACUAGAAAGAAUUUGCCGUCGCCCUGAUGAGUGA